GCUGCUUUUGUCAGCUGCUGCCAGGUGGUCUGCAGCACAGACACGCUGGGGACUGACGGGGGCACCCCCGCGCUUGCUGCCUGAGUCAGGAAUUAGAAGGAAUUCGAGCUUUUCCCAAGAAAUAAAAAUGUCUCCAGAUUCAGCCGCUUCCUCCUCCUCAGCCACGAGACUCUCCUCCAGUGCUUUUAAAAUUCACAAUGUCUGCCGCCUUCUAACCAGGAGAUCUCACGGAUUUUAUACAAAAGAUGCGGGAGUCGCCCACAGAAAAAACAUGGGAAUCCUAAGAAAGCUAGUAUGUCAGGAAAAUACUAAAUUCAAGAAUGUUUGGACAACUCAUUCCACAUCUCCUAUUGCUUAUGAGCGUGGAAGAAUUUAUUUUGACAAUUAUCGGUGCUGUGUGAGCAGCAUUGCACGAGAGCCAAGAAUACUUUAUCAACUGCCAGCAUGUUCUAAAUCAGAAAAAAUAGAGGAUGCAUUAUUAUUGGAAUGCCCGUUGGGGGAAACGCUUCCCAGUCCACCAGACUAUAAAUCUUCUCUUGCAGUUUUGACUGCUCAUAACUGGCUCCUUCGUCUCUCUGCUAAUACUGGAGAAAUACUGGAAAAAAUAUACCUCCCACCCUACUGCAAAUUCAGGUACCUGAGCUGGGACACUCCUCAAGAGAUUAUGGUUGUCAAGUCAGCUCAGCAUAAACUUCCAGCAGCAGCACAGCAGGCAGGCAUCCAGCAAUCUGUGCUAUUCUUUCUUGCUGUAUUCAGAGUUCUACCUCUGAAAUUUAUUGGAAUGCUGGAGAUAAACAAAAAAAUAUUUGGGAACAAUGUAACAGAUGUCGCUCUCUCUCAUGGAAUGCUGAUUGUGAUGUACAGCGUGGGUCUGGUCAGACUCUAUAGCUUCCAGUCUCUCUCUGAGCAGUUCACAGAGCAGCAAUUUGAUUUGGGAUGCAAAUGCAACUGGAAUGGUAAAGUUGGAAUUGUAGGAAAGUAUCCAUUUGGACUUCCUUGUAACAUUAAAAUAACAGAUACCCCACCUUUGCUAUUUGAAGUGUCUUCCCUGGAGAACUCAUUUCAAAUUGGAGGAUACCCUUGGCAUUACAUCAUCACACCUAACAAGAAAAAGCAUAAAGGAGUCUUCCAUAUUUGUGCUCUGAAAGACAAUGCUUUGGCAAAAAAUGGCAUACAGGAUAUGAAGUGCUGUUCAUUAGAACCCGACUGGAUAUAUUUCCAUCCAGAUACUUCAGGCAGAAUAAUCCACGUGGGACCAAAUUUGAUAAAGAUAUUGAAGCUGAAGGAAAUUGAAAAUAAUAAAUACCAACAAGAAAUAGCAGAAGAUUUUGUCAUUGUGGCCAACAGGCAGAACAAUGCGAACAACUCAGUAACUGUAACCGCUUCUGGCCGAGUAGUGAAAAAGCGUUUUAACCUGCUGGAUGAUGACCCAGAACAAGAGACUUUCAAAAUUGUGGACUAUGAAGAUGAGCUGGAUUUGUUAUCCGUUGUGGCAGUUACUCAGAUAGGAGCUGAUGGGAAAGCUCACCUUGACUUUCACUGUAAUGAACAUGGGAUUCUACUUAAGAGUAUUCCAUUAGUGGAAUCUUGGGAUGUGACUUACAAUCACGAAGUUUACUUUGACAGAGACAUUGUGCUACAUAUAGAACAAAAGCCUAACAGAAUCUUCAUCUGUUAUCUUUACCAAAUGGUCUGUGAUAGUGCAGAGGAAGAUGAACAUUCAAGCCUUGAAAAAGUGGAGAGAGUUUUUUGUAAAAAAGGGGAGAGAAUUUUUGAAUGUUUUUAA